AUGGAUACUAAGAAUAGGCUGAGUUCAAAAAACAAAAAUCAAAGGUUGAGUUCAAAAAUCAAGUAUGAUGCUUUGGAUAAAUUAAAUGAGGAGCUUGGUUAUGCACCUGUAUUUAAAGAAGGCACAAAGUCUAAAUGUGGCAGUCAUGGUGAUAUGCAACUGUCAAAUGAGAAGAACAAUCGUGAUGAAGAGUUUGAGCAUGACAGUAAUGGAUACAGUGACGCCUGUAAAAAAUAUUACCAGUCUGAAUCAUGCAAUGAGGGUCAAGAUCUCAUCACUGCAUCCAAGGUCCACACUGGCAAUAGCAUCUUAGACAAGGGUGUCCAGAGGAAACUCAGCCAUUUUCCUACCCAAUUUGGUGAGCAGCCCCUCCUCAUCCAGUGCCCCUAA